CCAGCAUUAUUAUAUAAAAAUAAUAUAAUUUUUAUUGAUGAGAAAAAACAGUGCAACACGUGGCACGUCGUUUCCAUACCAACUAUUUCACUUUCGUUUUGUUAUUCGCGGAAUUCCUUCAUGGACUCUGUAAAGUGGAUAGUGUUUUGUGGACUUUUUACUUGGAUCCCUGGAAUUAAAUCAUUUUUGGAUAUUGGUCCGAGCGUGGGAGCUGCGGUAUUUGCUGGAAUAUACAAAGCCUACAAACCGGUCAAGUGUUAUUUUAAAGAAUGCUGUCCGGCAGACUGGGACCAUCUAAAUGCUACAGUUGAUAUGAAUUGUAGUCUUCAGACCAGAGUCUUUGGACAGGAUCUGGCUAUUGAUGUUAUUAUGAAGCACCUGCAAGCUCACAUGACAAAAGAUCCAACAAGAGCGCUGGUACUCUCUUUUCAUGGAGGAACUGGCACAGGGAAGAAUCAUGUCAGCAGAAUUAUCGCCGAGGGUCUAUAUCAAGAGGGAAUGCGAAGCAAGUACGUCCAUUUCAUAUCAGCAACUAAAGAAUUCCCACACCUAUAUCACGUGUCUGUUUACAAGGACAAAUUAAAGGAGUUGGUUGAAAACAGUGUAAAAGAAUGUGAGUGGUCUUUAUUUAUAUUCGAUGAAAUUGACAAGAUGCCACCUGGAGUCAUCGAUACUUUAACACCUUACCUGGAUUUCAACGAGCACCUGUCGGGUACUGACUACAGAAAGGCCAUCUUCCUGUUUUUAAGUAACACGGCAGGAAAAGAAAUAUUUCAACAUACAUUUCAACACCAGGGUUCCAGAGAAAGAAUUGGUUUGAAUGAAAUGGAACAACUCAUCAGCAAAGUCACUGUUAACAACAACUCAAGUGGCAUGUAUUUGAGUGACGUCAUCAUCAAGCACCUCGUCACAGCCUAUGUUCCCUUUCUACCGCUGACAAGAAAGCAUGUUAAAAUGUGUAUUAAAGAUUACCUGGUGGCCAGAAAUUAUUAUAAAAGGGACAGUGUGCCAGAGGAAAUAGUCCAAAAAGUCAUGAGUGAACUGAUUUUUUUCCCAGAUGACACGCAAAUAUUUUCAGUGACCGGUUGUAAACGUGUUCCAGAUAAGGUUGAUUAUGUUAUGUACGAUGGAUAAGACUCAAAGAAUUAAAAGUGCCGUGUGUGUAUAGUUGCAUGGAAGAUAAUUUCGUAGAUUUUAGUAUUAUAUUAAAUGAAUAUUUGUAAUACUGCAUUUAUAUCUCAUUCAGAAAGGUGUUUUGUUUGGAAUUUAGUAUUUUAGUUAA